AUGCGUUUCAUCAUUCUUGCUGUUUUCGCCAUGAUCAGCGCUGUCAUGGCCGACGGCAUGGUUACGGUCACCACCAAGUUUAAGCUGGCAAACGGUGCUGCCUGUAAGCAGGACGGAAGCAUUGGAAUUUGCACAAGUAACUUUUGCUUGCAAACUCCCGACGAGGCCACUGGUGUAUGCUCCACUGCUUGA